ACAUUCUGAAUCAUCCAGUAAUACAUACCCACGUGUCACCCUGUGUCUCGUCGUCUCUCUAAAUAACGUUUACCGACCCUCCUCCUGUGGACGGCUAGAAUCUGAAUCGCCGUCGUGCCCUACUUUAUCGGAUUUCAAUCUCCCUCCUCAACACACUCUCUCACCAAAUCCUCGACGAUUACGGCUUCUUUUUUUUUUUUUCUGGGCCUUUUGAUUUUGGAUUUUAUAAAUCUUGUUUUCAUUUUCCAGAAAGCUGUCCUUUUGUUUUCUUCUGGGUAAUUUGAAAUUUUUUAUAUUGAGGACCCGAAAACAACGAUCAUGCAGAGGAUCGUCGACAAUGCUCUUGCCGUCACGAAAGAGUCAGUGAAAACUUUGACUUAUGAGUCUUUGAACAACGUUGCAAGAUGCAUUAAUGGAGUUUCUGCACUUCUCUUGACACUUCUUCCGGGAAAGUCCAAUAUUCUUGAAGGUCUUCAUGGAUGGGAGCUAAGGCCUACGUUACGUGGACCUCGUUUACCACGCUGGAUGCAUAAUGGAGUUUCCUCUUUCAACCACUUCAUUCACGAGCUCUCUGUGGAUUCUGAUACUUCAAGCUUGGAGUAUUCCUCUGGUGAUGAUGAUAGUGAUGGCAUGUCCACGCCUCCAUCCCCCUUGUCUCAAACCUCACUCCGCUCUUGGGCUAGUCUUCCUGCAAACUACGAAAGCCAUUGGACUGAGUGGAUAACGCUCAUUGUUUGGUGGGUUUUACUACCUGCCCGGAUCCUUCUUUGGGUACCAUUAUCUCUUUUACGUUUUGUUGGCAGACGUAAUUCAAGAAUGUCGCCUAUGAGCCCAGGGAGGUACGGACAUUCUUCUAGACCUUAUUUUAGCAAAGCUAUCCCAGGGAAAGAGCAUGAUGUCCCUAACCGAACUACUGAUAGAAGACGCGGAGUCAUUGAGGACCUUCAGCUUGGUAUCGAGAUCUUUAUAGAAGCAAUAUUUGAUUUCUUUCACAAGGCCGCACAUCUUCUUUUUUCUCCAUCAGAAACGUUUGGAAUAGUUUUAUCAUGGUUCUCUUCCCCCAGUCACAGUCACAUCUCUAAAGGAAACUACAGAGAGGUUUCGGAUGAUGUUAUCGUGCAGACUGCCACUCUGGGAGAUAAUGAUUCAUCUCCUACAGAAAGAACAACAAUGAGCUUAUAUAAUACAGAUACUCGGACUUGUCAAGAUGUUAUAACAGAGCUUGGGUAUCCAUAUGAAGCUAUUCGAGUUGUUACAUCAGAUGGAUAUGGUCUUCUCUUGGAAAGGAUACCAAGACGAGAUGCAAGGAAAGCUGUUUACUUGCAGCAUGGUGUAAUGGACUCUUCAAUGGGAUGGGUAUCAAAUGGUGUUGUUGGAUCUCCCGCCUUUGCUGCUUAUGAUCAAGGCUAUGAUGUUUUCCUAGGGAACUUUCGAGGUUUAGUUUCAAGAGAUCAUGUGAACAAAAACAUAUCCUCAAAAGAAUUCUGGCGUUACUCCAUCAAUGAGCAUGCAACGGAAGAUAUCCCAGCUAUGAUAGAGAAGAUUCACGAUAUCAAAACUUCAGAACUGAUACUCUAUCAGCCUGCUAUGGAAGAGGUAGUAAAAGAGGAGCAACCUUAUAAGCUCUGUGUUGUAUCUCACAGUUUAGGCGGCGCCGCAGUUCUGAUGUAUGUGAUCACCCGUAAAAUCGAAGAGAAACCACACAGAUUCUCGAGACUGAUCUUGCUUUCGCCUGCUGGAUUCCAUGAUGAUUCCAACCUGUGUUUCACGUUCAUGGAGUACACAUUCCUUCUCUUGAGUCCUGUUCUAUCCAGGAUUGUUCCCGCUUUCUACAUUCCCACUAAAUUUUUCCGGAUGCUUCUCAACAAGUUAGCUCGAGAUUUUCAUAACUAUCCUGCUGUUGGUGGAUUGGUCCAGACAUUGAUGAGUUAUGUGGUUGGCGGAGAUAGCUCGAAUUGGGUUGGAGUCAUGGGUUUGCCUCACUAUAACAUGAACGAUAUGCCGGCUGUAUCCUUCCGUGUGGCUCAGCAUCUUGCUCAGAUUAAACAUAGCGGUAAGUUUAAGAUGUUUGACUACGGUAGCAGUUCAGCUAAUAUGGAGGUCUACGGGUCUCCUGAGCCACUCGAUCUUGGGGAGUUUUACGGAUUGAUUGAUGUGCCCGUUGAUUUAGUAGCCGGAAAGAAAGAUAAAGUGAUUAGACCUUCAAUGGUUAGGAAACAUUAUAACGUAAUGAGAGAUUCAGGGGUUGAUGUUUCUUACAACGAGUUUGAGUAUGCUCAUUUGGACUUCACCUUCUCUCACCGCGAAGAGCUUUUGGCCUAUGUGAUGUCGCGGUUGCUGCUCGUGGAGCCAACACAGACUCAGACGGUUCAUAAGAAAGCGAUGAAGCUGAAGAAGAAAACGGAAACAGGCAAACCCCGUCUGUGAACUACCAAAAUAGGUUUAUAUAGAGUUUCCGGUGUGUUAUUUGUAAAGAUUUUGUUCAAAAGAGAUCAGCUUAGAACAGUGUAUAUAUAUGGAUAUGGUCUUUGGUACCUGUU